AUGGUCAACUGGAGCCCGGUGUUGCAGACGGCCGUGAGCGAUCUCGAGGUGGAAUACUCCGACGUGCAGGGCCACCUUUACCACUUCAAGUAUAUGGUUGCAGAUACAGAGGAGUUCAUCCCGGUCGCCACGACGCGGCCGGAGACGAUCUUGGGUGACACGGCGGUGUGCGUGCAUCCGGAGGAUCCACGCUACGAGCAUCUCAUCGGCAAAGACGUCAUCGUGCCAGUCCAGGGCCGGCGAAUUCCUGUGAUUGCCGAUGCUUACGUGGACAGAGAGUUUGGAACCGGGGCGCUGAAGAUUACGCCUGCCCACGAUUUCAACGACUUCGAGAUUGGCCAGACGCACAAACUGGAGAGCCACUCUGUGAUUGGUCUUGACGGAUCCAUGUCCCCUACAUUGGAAGCACUAGGCUCACCACAGUACAUUGGGCUGGAUCGUGCGGACUGCCGGAAGAAGCUGUGGGCGGAUCUUGAAGAGGCCGGAUUGACCCUGAAGGUGGAGGACCACAUGCAGCGCGUGCCGCUGUCGCAGAGGAGCGGUGAGGUCAUUGAGCCGAUGCUCUCUGAUCAAUGGUUCGUGUCCACCGAGGUUCGCAUCUGCGAGCAGUGUUCCUCGCAUUGUUAUCCGGAGGCAAGCAUCUACUGUAGCUUGACGGAAUAA